AUGGAUAUUCCAGAAUUUAGAGCAUCGUGUAAACUUAAUGGACAUAAUUCAAAUGAAUAUGCAUGUCACACAUGUGACAAUCCAAUAGAUGGUUUAUAUAUUUGCAAAUCAGGUACAUUAAGAAAACAAGAAGACAUUACAAAUUUUCACUCCAUCAAACCAAAUUAUGCUGAAUUAAAUUAA